AAAUAUAAUCUUCAAUUGGUUCUUGAUUUUAUUGGAGUGCAUCGAUUAGUUUAUGUUUUGUUACAUUCGUGAGUUGCAUUUUCCGCCCGUGGCAACUUUCGUACCAUCAUGAAAAUCCAUUUUCGCGAACAGUACUGCUCAAACGGGGAGGAAAUUCUCUACGUCACCCCAGACCACCAAGAUACUGUAGUACGGGUUACGCUGAAAGGUGAACGACCAUCGAUACGGAAGCGUUUUAGCAUAAAACGAUUUUUUCAGCAUCUAUUCCUGCCAGUCGGAUAUCCAGACAGUGUGAGCAGCGAUUACCUGUCGUACCAAAAGUGGGACACGUUGCAGGCGUUCUGCAGCACAAUAAGCGGAACCUUAACUACACAUGCCAUUCUGAAAGGAGUCGGUGUGGGAAGCGACGCGGUCAACCCACUUUCGGCAACCGUUACAUGGGUGCUCAAGGACGGUACGGGACAUUUGGGAAGAAUACUGUUCGCAUGGUGGAAAGGCUCGGAAUUAGAUAUCGAUUCCAAAAAGUGGCGCAUCCGCGCGGACAUACUGAACGAUGUAGCGAUGGCUAUUGAUCUGUUCGUGCUACCAUACUAUCCAAAGGCGACAACAUACAUUCUUUGCGCAACAACUACCAUGAAAGCAAUAGUCGGUGUGGCAGGUGGAGCAACGCGGUCCGCACUCACACAGCACCAUGCCAUACGGGGUAACUUGGCGGAUGUAGCAUCGAAAGAUAGCGCCCAGGAAACUUGUGUCAAUUUAAUCGCCUCCUUCGUAGGCCUAUUCCUUCUCUCGUACCUGCAAAAUCAGAAGAUUUUAUAUGGUUUAUUCGCCUUCGUGACGCUGGUGCAUAUUUAUGCCAACAUCAAGGCAGUGAAAUCGGUCUGCUUGCGUACGUUCAAUGAAGCACGCUAUCUAAUCGCACUGGAGGAGUAUUUUAAGUCAGGAAUGAUGCUGUCACCCCAGCAAGUCAAUAAGCUGGAAAGAGUUACCGUAGGUCAAACGGUAUCCCUGACGGCUCGGAUCAGGAUCGGAUGCUCCGUGCGAGAGCUGACCGAGUUUUAUCGUAAUUGUUACGAUUUAGAAAACUGGAUGGCAUGUUUUGAUUCGCGGGAAAAGUUUCUUAUAGCUGAAACGCGCCACUAUGUCGGCGUGUAUCUGCACUUUACGGUAAAACCCUUGGAUAUCAUUAAGUGCUACUUUUAUGUUGCUUCCUAUCUGCAAGACAAAAGCCAACUGCGCGAUCGCUACUGGGAAAUACAAAACAAGUGGAACGAGUUCCUCAAUCUUGCCCAGUGCGAAGGAUGGAACGUGCAGGCCCAUUUGCUCAAAACCGAUGAGUAUCGCCUUGACUGGAGGAUAUAGACCACCGAUCCGUAUCGUAGUUACCCGUCCGGAUAUCUGCUCCCAGCAUCAUACCGAUUAGAUUACCGUUUAUCAUAGGCCAGUCCAGGUUUCGCGCUCUUGGACUGCUCUCAUAAAAAUAUGGCACUCAUGAAACGUAUGUCCUCCAUCUCCAACAAUUCUCCCCAAAAAGAAAACAAAACACAGGACCAGUAGCCGAGUGCCAAAAAGUAAGGAAACGGGAAUAUAAACGGUGCACCACAACGACAUCAAACAACGAAACAUUUUGUUCUAGUCAGUACGAAGUUAGGUAGUGAGAGUACAUGUCUCAAUGACACGCACGCACUUUUUAGGACCAAACUAUGUAAGCACAACGGCAAUCGUAACUCGCAUGCUACACCAUAGUACUAGACAAAUCCAUUUUUUCCAGCGUAUCAGCGCCAGCAAGGAAGCGAUUUUAAGCAAGUUAGAGAUCCCUAUGGGGAAAAACACGCAAAUGAUAGAAUUGUUCGUCGGUAUAGAAAAGAUCAGUGUUUUAUAGGAACAAACAACCAUAGCUCAACAGUUCGACACCAGCCGUUUUAAGCAAAUGUAGCAUACAGGAGAAUCGUUUUAAACCUCCAUUCAAUACAACGAGUAUCUUGUGUAGGGAGUUUUCAUCAUAUCAAACGAUAACGAGGCAAAGUUUUUAGCGUAAUUUUUCUAACAUAAUUCUGCUAUUUUAUUAUCCGCCGUAGUAGGUACGAUUAGCGCAUUCAAAAGCACAAUUUAAAUCAAUUAUAAAAGCUUACGUUGCCGCACGCUUCGUAUGUAAAAUGGGAACAUGAGUAAGUUAAACCACCGGAAACUGUUUCGAAUUUUAUCUGGUUUUAAGCAAUUGCAAUGUGGCAACACAACACACAACUCAACACUUUACAUUCCUAAAUAAUGAUAUGUUCCAAAGGAUUGUUAAACCACUGCACAGUCGACAGUAUGAUAAAGAAUGGCACAGUUUUUAUGCAUUAGGCUUUUUGUGGCACAAUUUGUAAAAGUUUUAAACGAAGACGAAAUACGCAAGAGCAGCAGAGUAUCGAUUCCAAACCUAAACCGUCUACAAAUGUAUGCUUCACUGCUGUGAUAAAAAAUUAGCUCAAUUGAAACUUGUUCCAGUUUUGUCUCGGUUAGCUCGGAUUUUCAAUAACAGCUUUACAUUAUGACAUCCUAAUGCUUAGUAAACAACGUACUGGAACUAGAAGGUACUUUUUGGUUCGUUUUUUGCACUAUUGUUCCGUUAACGUUUGGGCUCGGAUAAGUAAAUUAGCCAGCUUACGUUGCAAUUUGAAAAUAGAAAUUUUAUCAAUCGGUGCAUAACGUAGAUUAAUAAUCGCACGAAAC